ACCCGUAACCCUGAUGUCCUGCGAAACGAUGCUAAGCAGCGGUGGAUAAAAGCUGCUUCCAGCUCUGUUGGUGGUAUUUAAUCACUGCGCUGAUCGCACUUUUUUCUGUAUCUAAGACGCUUGACUUUUCCAACAGCGCGAUCCUUUGUUUUCAAAUAUGCCUGACGUCAGGUUCUCGCACCAAAAAUGGCUCAGUCUACAACAGCAGGGGCCGGAGAAAGGCGGUCUGGGAGCCGUGGGAUCAAGCCUGCCCACAUUCCUUUCCAAAUCAAGCGUCACCGGAGCACGUCCCCUGUCUCAUGCUCCCGCCUACCCUUCCUCCACCACAUUUGACAGAUAUAAUCAAAGCUGUCUCACAGACGCAGACGAAUGGUCCAGCUUUCACUCCCACACCCACCGUAGCUCUUGUUUUUGCAAAUAACAAGGCCCUUCUCGCGGCCCUGCCCAUUUUCCCCUUAUUCGGCAGUCGGGGCGUGUACCAAGAGGAUAAUCAGCCACGUUCCUGCCCGUACCUUGAAAUAUCAAAGUUUAGCGGCUCCAGUUCAACCCCGCCUCUUUGUAUGUUGACGGGGGUCACGAAUGAUUUGCCAACUCUCUUGUGAUUCCGAAUCCUCGCAUUCGUUUGGGGGCGGGGUUUGCGGAUGCGUCACUCCUCGAUGGUCACGCCCGUUUCGCCUUGUAAAGUGACCCAGUAGGCGUGGAAAUUUUGACAGCACCCGCCUUGAUUUCACCACAUAAGGUUCACAUGACCAAAUAGAGCGAACAAUCGACCACAGUGGAUCCCUUUCCCUUCCUUAUCCCGUUUAUAUGGUACGGCGACUUCCGCUCUUGCUGUAAAAGCAGUGCGAUCAUGGCGGAGCGCUUUCAGCAGCCCCCCGCGAAACGGCUCUGCUGCCGACCGGGCUUCAAUUUGGCGUGCAGACAGGGCCAGCGGGCUGGAGGAGCGGCGUGUGGUGGUGCGGGGACUGCCCAGGGGGGAUCGGGCAAAACGCAGAGCCCGGAAUCGUUGUUGGACAUCGCGGCGAGGAAAGUCGCGGAGAAGUGGCCCUUUCAGAGGGUGGAGGAGCGCUUUGAGAGGAUCCCGGAGCCCGUUCAGAGGAGAAUCGUCUACUGGUCAUUCCCUAGGAGCGAGCGGGAGAUCUGCAUGUACUCUUCCUUCAACACGGGCGGAGAGGAGACUGGGACUGCCGGGGAAAACAGCGAUGAAAGCCGCCUACCUUUCAGACGGGGUAUCGCUUUGCUGGAGAGUGGCUGCGUAGACAACGUCUUGCAAGUCGGGUUUCACCUCAGCGGCACAGUGACGGAACCAGCUUCCCAGUCGGAACCGGAAAUUGUCUGCAACGUUGCGAUCAGCUUUGACCGCUGCAAGAUUACCUCGGUGACCUGUAGCUGUGGAAACAAGGACAUCUUUUACUGUGCACAUGUUGUGGCUCUGUCAUUAUACAGAAUCCGCAAGCCUGAUCAGGUCAAACUGCAUCUUCCCAUUUCAGAGACCCUCUUUCAAAUGAACAGAGACCAACUACAGAAAUUUGUACAGUAUUUAAUCACAGUGCACCACACGGAGGUCCUGCCAACUGCCCAGAAACUAGCAGAUGAAAUUCUUUCCCAGAACUCUGAGAUCAAUCAAGUCCAUGGUGCCCCUGACCCCACAGCAGGUGCUAGUGUAGAUGACGAGAAUUGCUGGCACUUGGACGAGGAACAGGUGCAGGAACAAGUUAAACUCUUCCUCUCACAAUGCGGUUACCAUGGAUCUGGGAAGCAGCUCAACCUGCUGUUUGCAAAGGUGCGAGAGAUGCUGAAAAUGAGGGACUCCAACGGUGCGCGCAUGUUGAUGUUGAUCACUGAGCAGUUCAUCACAGACCCACGCCUUCCUGUGUGGAGACACCAAGGGACCACCAUGACUGAGAAGUAUAGGCAUCUCUGGGAUCAGUUAGGUGCCCUCUGGAUGUGCAUAGUCUUAAAUCCUCACUGCAAGCCAGAACAGAAGGCAGGCUGGCUGAAACAGCUGAGAAAGUGGAACAGUGUAGAUGUUUGCCCCUUGGAAGAUGGAAACCAUGGAAACGAUCUGCCCAAUUUAACCAAUGCCUUGCCUCAGGGUGCGAAUGCCAACCAAGAUUCAGGAAGCAGGCCUCACCGGACUGUUUUCACACGAGCCAUUGAAGCGUGCGAUCUCCAUUGGCAGGACAGCCACUUACAGCACAUUAUCAGCAGUGACCUCUACACCAACUACUGUUACCAUGACAACACUGAAAAUUCACUCUUUGACUCUCGUGGUUGGCCCCUGUGGCAUGAACAUGUCCCUACAGCUUGUGCAAGGGUGGAUGCACUGAGAUCUCACGGUUAUCCAAGAGAAGCACUGAGGCUAGCAAUUGCUAUUGUUAAUACUCUCCGGCGGCAGCAGCAAAAGCAACUAGAGAUGUUCCGUAGACAUAAAAAAGAGCUUCUUCAUAAAGGAAUAACAUCUAUAACAAACCUAGAAGGCUGGGUGGGACACCCACUUGAUCCUAUUGGUACACUUUUCAGUACACUAAUGGAGACGUGUAGAGGAGAAGACAGCUCACCUGCAUUUUUGGACUUCACAGAAACUAUGGGACAGCCAAAGUCUUUAGAGUACCAGCACUUUCCAGUCCAUCGUUUCCUGGAAGAGGGCGAAUCCUACCUGACACUGGCCGUGGAGAUCGCCUUGAUAGGGCUGGGUCAACAGCGGAUCAUGCCAGAUGGGUUAUAUGCCCAGGAGAAGGUGUGUCGUAAUGAAGAACAGCUCAUUAGCAAAUUGCAGGAAAUUGACUUGGAUGACACACUAGUUAAAAUAUUCCGGAAACAAGCAGUCUUCCUUUUAGAAGGUGGUCCAUACAGUGGUCUUGGGGAGCUCAUAUACAGAGAGAGCGUUCCAAUGCACACCUUUGCCAAGUAUCUUUUCACCUCUCUCCUACCUCAUGAUGCUGAACUGGCAUACAAAAUUGCACUGAGAGCAAUGCGGUUACCAGUAUUGGAAUCUUCAGCUCCUACGGGAGACAUGUCCCGGCCUCACCACAUUGCAUCUGUUGUUCCCAAUCGGUACCCCCGUUGGUUCACUCUGAGCCACAUUGAGUCACAGCAGUGUGAGCUGGCGUCUACAAUGCUAACAGCCGCAAAAGGUGAUGGUCGUAGGCUUGAAACAGUAUUGGAAUCUAUUCAGAAAAAUAUCCACUCCUCAUCACACAUCUUCAAACUUGCCCAAGAUGCUUUUAAAAUAGCAACACUCAUGGACAGUUUACCAGAUAUUACUCUGCUUAAAGUAUCUUUGGAACUGGGUCUUCAGGUAAUGCGAAUGACGUUAUCAACGUUAAACUGGCGCCGAAGAGAGAUGGUACGGUGGCUAGUAACUUGUGCUACAGAAGUAGGUGUUUAUGCAUUAGACAGCAUUAUGCAAAGUUGGUUCACCCUGUUCACUCCUACGGAGGCCACCAGUAUUGUUGCCACAACAGUAAUGUCAAAUAGCACCAUUGUCCGGCUGCACUUGGAUUGUCAUCAGCAGGAAAACCUGGCAAGUAGUGCUCGUACUCUGGCCCUGCAGUGUGCCAUGAAGGAUCCUCAAAACUGCGCCCUAUCUGCUCUGACGCUUUGUGAAAAGGACCAUAUUGCAUUUGAGACAGCCUACCAGAUAGUGUUGGACGCCGCCACCACUGGCAUGAGCUAUACUCAGCUUUUCACCAUUGCACGAUACAUGGAGCAUCGUGGCUACCCGAUGCGGGCCUACAAAUUGGCUACCUUGGCCAUGACUCAUCUCAACCUGAGUUACAAUCAGGACACUCACCCUGCCAUUAAUGAUGUGCUAUGGGCCUGUGCAUUGAGCCACUCCCUAGGCAAAAAUGAACUCGCCGCUAUUAUACCUCUGGUAGUCAAAAGUGUCAAGUGUGCCACAGUACUCUCGGACAUUUUACGGAGGUGCACUUUGACAACACCAGGUAUGGUAGCACUUCACGGGCGCAGAAACUCUGGGAAGUUAAUGUCACUGGACAAAGCCCCUUUAAGACAGCUCUUGGAUGCCACGAUUGGGGCAUAUAUAAACACCACACACUCACGGCUCACACAUAUCAGCCCUCGGCACUAUAGUGAAUUUAUUGAGUUCCUCAGCAAGGCUCGAGAGACCUUCUUAAUGGCUCAUGAUGGACACAUUCAGUUUACACAGUUUAUUGACAACCUAAAACAGAUCUACAAAGGCAAAAAGAAACUAAUGAUGCUGGUCCGGGAGAGAUUUGGUUGAUGGAGUUCCAUCUUGUACUUUUUACUUGAGCCUGCCUUUGUACUCUUAACUUAAAGAAAUACAAAAAACUAUUAAUAACAGAGCCACACCGGUAUUAUGUGUAUAGAACUGUUUAGUUCGCAAAAGAAAAAAAACAGAAAAUUGUCAUGUUGUGAAAGUGUGUUUUUCUUUAUUUGUGUGAGAGAGAGCGAGAGCGAGAGAGAGAGAUAAAGAGAGCGAGUGAGAGAGAAAGAGAUUAAAGCUAAAAACAAGAAAAGUUUUGGUUUACACUGAGUAUAUGUUGUCAAGUGGCAAAAGCCCACAUAGCUCUCCUGUUGUUUCUGUAUACAUUCACAGCCUCAAAGAUUAUUAAAAUGGCUUUAAACCAAACGAAACACCUCCAUCCUAAGUGAAAAGUACCUCAUAUGGAUUCAGCUUUAUUCCUUCUUAAUUCAUCGUUUGCAUUUCAGUAUAUUAAUACAAAAAACAUUAAAAAGAGAAAAAAACUAAAUAAAACAGAUCUAAUUAAUUCCAAGGCUGACCAUGUGGCUUUGCAGUGCUGUUCAUCCGGAAGCAUGGCACACAGUGCUUGCGCAUGUGGAAACUUAGCGACUGUCAACAUACAUUCUCAGGGAUUUCUCGGGAAAAAAAAGAAAAAAAAAAAGAAAUACAAAAAUGAAAGAAUGAGAGCAUUUAUUGUACUGUAUAUAUUAUAGUAUAUGUCUGAAUAUUGAAAAAGUAUACAUUAACUAAUUUAUAAAGAAUAUUCUAUGUAAUGCAAAAUACUUGAAGCUGCAGUAGCUUGGUUUUAAACAAAAAACAUAUCAGAAGGACUACAGUGCGCCUUGCUUCAGGGUUGGCUCAGGUGGUGAAUUUAUAUGCUGGGCAUCUAUGCAGAGCCACCUAUUCAAAUUGCAUGAUUGGACUGGUAUCAUGGUUAAAGGAAAAAAGGAAAUAAAAAAACAACUAAAAGCUUUGUAAUGGGCACCAUAGACAAGAGAGACAACCAACAUUAAAGCCAGAGCAGCAAGCCUUAGCAAUUAAUAACAGUAUGCCAGAAUUGGGCUAUGUGCCUCCUAGCCUAGAAAUAUUUCAAUAUAAAAGAAAAAAACUGACAUGUUAGCAAAGGUAAGUAAAACGCCUGUUUUACUAAAUAACCGCCCCCAGUUGUAGAAAUUUGGUCUGACCACAUUACCUUACCAUCCUUCAGAGUAAUCUAAGAAUCAAAGCUCCAUUUGUGCACAAUAACAUUAACAUACUCUGCUGGUAUCUUGACUUUGUGCAGGACAGAAAGUUGCUGUGUAGGUCUGACUGUUCUUUUUGUUUUAUUUUAUGCUUGUAUUUUCUUUUUCUUUUUCUCUAGAGUUCCUAAAAACAAAAGAGAAAAAAAGAACAGCCUUCUAUCUUGCCUUGUCUUAAUGCUUUAAAAUAACCAAACUGGAGAUCUAACAACCAAACUUGUUCAUUAAAUGAAAGCCAACCAACUUUGGUUACAACUUAGUGUCUUUAAUUUAGCUGAAUGGUUCUGUAUCUUGUGCUUUAAAAAGCAGUUUUUAUUAUGUUUUUGGUGCAAAAAGUUGUCUAGUGUCUCUUGUUCCCUUCAUUAGAGAACUUGCUAGAGGUAUGUUUGUAGGUUUUUUGUUUAGAAAAAGGAAAUCAUGCUCUCCAUUUUAUUUAUUAUAAUAGGUAAAAGAUUGUACUUCAUCACCAGUGUAAACAUGCUCAUGAAGUUGAAAUUAAGAUUUGAUACACUGAUAUCAAUUUAUUUAUGUAACUAAAUCACUGUUUUAUAAACUUGUUAAUGAUUCAACAAUUUUUUUUGUUUUAAUUAAAAUUAGUUUUUUGAAAGGUAA